CAGAUUUAACAGUGCGCAGAGCGAGGCUGGUGGUCACUCUUGUGUUCUGGAUUGUAGCAGAAGGAGAAGCAGCCGGUUCAGUCACCACCAUGGAUGUCAAACUGCUGGCCCUGACAGCUCUGUUGGCUGUGACCGCGUACACACCGGCCUGCAGCGCCAAGCCCAUCAGUCUGGUUGAACGCUGCUGGUGUCGUACGACCCUCAACACCGUUCCUCAGCGCUCCAUCAAAGAGCUCAAAUUUCUCCACACGCCCAACUGCCCCUUUCAAGUCAUUGCCAAGCUGAAGAACAAUAACCGAGAAGUGUGCAUUAACCCGGAGACCAAGUGGCUGCAGCAGUACUUAAAGAACGCCAUUAACAAGGUGAAGAAAUCCAGAAGACGCACUAACAAGAAGGCCUAGACACAGGGAGGACAUGAAUCUCCUCAGCCCUGACGUCCACCUCCCCGCUACUGCUCUGGAUGUUUGUAUCCUUCCGCUCCUCUGGACCACUCACAGAAACAGCACUUCGUCAACGACAACGUCGUCCCCGCACCGCCGCCGCCGCUAGACGCCCACGUCAUCACCUCUGAUGCUUUAUAUCAGCACCAAAUACAGUUAUUAUAACUUGGAAUUAUGGGAUACAUGGAGAGAUCACAUAUAUAUAGUGUGUGUGUGUGUGUGUGUGUGUGUGUGUACUAACACUGACUGUAUCUGUGCAAGGAUUCUUUUUUUUUAUUUCAUACAAGUUUGAUGGGACGUGGGUUUUUAUGGGAAGUGCUGCCUUCGUGGUCCAAGUUUCCCAUGUGUGGUUUGACAUUUGAUCACUUGGGAUUUCAAUCAAGUACAAAUGAUCAGUUAUGCAGUAUUUACAGCAAAACAGUUACCUCAACUAUAAUCCUUUGGAAAAAAAAAAAGUAUAGUUCUGUUUAUUUUAGGCAGACUCGAAGUUAGCCUCUUAGA